GCCCCGUCUCAACGAGAAACCCGCGCGCGCCCCGACAAAAAUUCGCGGUGGCCUACCAGCGAUUUCGCUUCACUGCAGUCCGUCUACCGAAUGGCCGCGGCGGCGCGGCCCGUCGACGUCGUCCGCCACUUCCCGUGCUCCUCCUCGGUCGCCGCCUCCUCCUCCUUGCUGCUGUCGCGCUCCAAGUCCAGGCUCGCGUCUCCUGCGGCGGCGGCGGCGAGCUCCAUGCGGCGAAGGCUUGUGCUCGGCGUGGGCGCCGCCGCCGCCCCGGCCGUGGCGGCGCUCGCGGCCUCGGCGACGCCCGCGGCGCUGCGGGACUGCGCCGCCACGCUGCUCAUCACCGCGGGCGCGUACUCCCUGGUGCGCGCCUUCGACGGGCUCACGGCGCGGCGGCUCAUCGAACAGAACCUGAGCAGAAAAAUUGUGCAUGUGCUCUCCGGAGUCCUGUUCAUGUCUUCCUGGCCACUAUUCAGUAAUUCGACAGAAGCACGGUUCUUCGCGGCAAUUGUCCCGUUGCUGAACUGCAUAAGGCUUCUGACCUACGGGCUCCGCCUUUCCACUGAUGAAGCUCUAGUAAAAUCGGUGACCCGUGAAGGAAAACCAGAGGAAUUGCUGAGAGGUCCUCUGUACUAUGUCAUUGUGCUGCUGGUCAGUGUUUUGGUCUUCUGGCGCCAGUCUCCUAUUGGGAUUGUUUCGUUGUCGAUGAUGAGUGGUGGUGAUGGCUUUGCUGACAUUGUUGGGAGAAGGUAUGGCUCCGCGAAGCUGCCAUUCAAUGAGAACAAGAGCUGGAUAGGAAGCAUCUCAAUGUUCAUUUCUGGCUUCCUUCUAUCUGCACUGAUGCUGUUCUACUUCUCUUGCCUUGGUUACUUCACUGUCUGCUGGGAUCUGGCACUUGGUAAACUGGCUCUUGUUGCAUUAGCAGCUACUGUAGUGGAGUGUAUUCCUGUCAAUGAUGUUGUGGAUGACAAUAUCUCCGUUCCUUUGGCCACCAUGUUGGCAGCCUAUCUGUUAUUUGGCUACAGUUCAUGUUGUUGAGACUAUAAAAUUUCUCCCUUUUGCUUUUCAUGUCCUGAAUUUGGUACUGCCAAACAUCAUAGAUUGGAUCUCUUUCUGUUGAAUCAAAAGGUAUUUUGCUCA